GAUAAUGGAGCAAAUUUUAAUUCAGAAAAGCUAUAUUUCCAUUUUAAGGAUCUGUUUGGGAUGACAAUAGAAGUGAAAAAAUCGCCCUUUAUUCUCUACCCGUUAAGAAGUUUCAACUUUUAAGAAUCGAAGAUGCAAGAAAAAUUACAGUUAACAGUGUUCGACACUAAAGGGUGAACAGUGAAGGUGAAGCUUAUAAUGACUUUGGACAAUCCAUUCGAAGCUCUGAUCAUAUUCAUAGUCAUCAAUGUCGAUUAUCUGCGGUCUCCCACUCCUUGAAUGCGUAUACUGCCUCGCCUGUGCCCGCUGGGCGUGGAAGCGAUGCCUACACUCUGGCAGUUAUGACAGCGAGAACUGGGGUGUUGCAACCGCAGAAGAAUUUGAGCCCGUUCCUCGCCUCUGCCGCUUGAUUCUUGCUGUCUAUGAAGAUGACCUCCGACACCCGCUGUGGGCUCCUCCCGGUGGAUACGGAAUCAAUCCUGAUUGGGUAGUUCUGAGAAAGACCGAUGAAGACACCCAUGGCCAUGCCCCUUCGUACAUAAUCUACCUUGGUCAUGAUAAUGCCGAUAUCGUUCUUACUAUUAGAGGCCUCAAUAUGGCGAAGGAGAGCGAUUAUGCAGUUCUACUGGAUAAUAAGCUGGGGCAGAGGAAAUUCGAUGGUGGUUAUGUCCACAAUGGGCUCUUGAAUGCAGCUGUUUGGGUUCUGGAUGCAGAGUGUGAGGUUCUAAGGGGGUUAGUGGAGAAGUUCCCAAAUUAUACCUUAACUUUCACUGGACAUUCUCUGGGCUCAGGGGUGGCUGCAUUGUUAACAAUGGUGGUGGUGCAGAAUAGGGGCAAACUGGGUAACAUAGAUAGGAAGAGGAUUAGGUGCUAUGCAAUUGCGCCUGCUAGGUGUGUGUCACUCAAUUUGGCUGUCAGAUAUGCAGAUGUCAUCAAUUCUGUUGUGCUCCAGGAUGAUUUCUUGCCAAGAACUGCCACACCCUUGGAAGAUAUUUUCAAGUCACUUUUUUGUUUACCGUGCUUAUUGUGUCUAGGAUGCUUGAAAGAUACAUGCAUACCUGAUGAGAAGAUGCUCAAGGAUCCAAGGCGGCUCUAUGCACCUGGUCGCAUUUAUCACAUUGUUGAGAGGAAGCCCUUCAGGAUGGGAAGAUAUCCUCCAGUUGUGAGGACAGCAGUCCCUGUGGAUGGGAGAUUUGAGCACAUCGUUAUCUCUUGCAAUGCCACUUCUGAUCAUGCCAUCAUUUGGAUAGAAAGAGAAGCCCAAAAGGCACUGGAUUUAAUGUUAGAGAAAGAUCGGAUUACAGAGAUUCCUAAGAAGCAGAGGAUGGAGAGGCAGGAGACGAUUGCCAGAGAGCACAGCAAGGAGUAUAUGGCGGCACUAAAGCGGGCAGUGACAUUGGCAGUCCCACACGCUUAUUCACCUUCACCUUAUGGAACAUUCGACGAGCACAAGAAUUCCAGCAGCACAAGUGAGGAAGCUUCUUUGGAGACAUCUAGGAAGAGCAGAAGGAAGGAAAGCUUUGAUGAAUUGAGUGAGCGUCUUUUUGACACAGAUGAGUCUGGCCAUAUGGUGCUGAAAUCAUAGGCUGUGUAUGGGUGAUGGUCAUAUGUAUUUCAAGAAAAAAAAAAAAAAUUAGGGAGCAUUCAAUUUAUUUAUUUUUCCCCAUAUUUUGAUCCUGCUGUGUUUGGUACUUUGUUCAAAGGAAUAAUAAUUGGAGAAAAAAAAAGGGUCAUUUGUACAACUUUUGUACUACUCUCAACCAUGGAUGUAGUUCAGGCUAUCGGCAUCAGUAAUACCAAUACAUUAAUAUAUUUCCCAAGAA